GAUGAUGAACUCAAUCCUGAUAUAAUUAUAGAUAAGAACGAAGCAAGUGGCAUUUUCUUUAUGUCACAGACGGGAAUCGUAUAAUCAUGUUGCAUCUAUUAGUUGUAUUUUUGGCUAUACAAUCAACAGUUUUAUGCAAUUCUGUUUUCAGGCGAUAUGUUCCACAUUUUGACAAUGGAAGGGCUGUAACACAUAUUACAAGUAGUUCCAUUAACGAGGCUUCCGGUAUCUGCGCAAGCAGGGUACAUAAAAAUGUCAUUUACACGCAUAAUGACUCUGGUGAUACCCACAGAAUAUUUGCCUUUAGUGCGGAGAACGGACAUCGUCUCGGAACUAUUACGAUUGACGGUGCACACUCACGUGAUUGGGAAGACAUCGCCUGUGGACCAUGCGCUGGAGGUUCUGGACAUUGUAUAUAUAUUGCCGACACCGGCGGAAAUGCUGGUGGUGACGAGAAUACAAUUUACCGGAUCAGAGAACCCUCGCAUUUAGGCGACCAGCAUGUGUCGUUAGAUUCUACAUUGAAAUUCAGUUGGGACCAACAUGACUGUGAAACUGUUAUGGUUGACAAUCAUGGAGAAGUGUAUGUUGUGUCGAAAGUAAGCGCCGGUCAUCAUCCAAAGUUUGUACAUCUACCUAGCUACGCAUGGGGAACUGGUCGACGCGACUACGUCAGUAACGGUGUUUAUAUGACAAUUACGUCACGUUCAUAUAACCCUGUAGGUGGUGAUAUAUCUCCAAGUGGUCACGAGGUUCUGAUAAAAGCAUACGGCCACGUAUAUUAUUGGUACGUCCCUAACGGCGAUUACUCGGAGCAGCUAAAGAAACCACCCGUAGAGAUUCCACAUCACUGGGAGCAACAAGGGGAGUCUGUGUGUUUUGAGCCUAAUGGCUCCGGUUACUACACUUUGAGUGAAGGCCAUAAUCAACCACUCUAUUACUUUCAUCGUCAAGGACAGGCACCGAUCACCGGGUGAAACAAACGUUGUUGAUCAUAAUAUUUACCUCAAUGUAAUGUGUUUUAUUCAUUUUAUUUUGUAAAUAAAAUGAUGAAUGAUCAUAAAUAAACCAUAAAGUUGUGCUUUAA